ACCAAAUUUACUUGAUAAAAAUACCAUCUCUCUCUCUCUCUCUAAGUCUCGUAGUCUUGAAGAAGCAAAAGAAGAAAGCUGUAUUUUUCGUGAGUUCUCAUCUGUUGCUCUUCUCCUGGUUUUCUGUUGCUGUUUCUUCCUUCGAGACAGAAGAUGGGUAGAUCCGUGUGGAUCACCACCUUCUUCCUCGCCCUUCUCCUCAUUUCUUCUGCGCAUUCGUUUUAUCUCCCAGGUGUUGCUCCUCGCGAUUUCUCAAGGGGUGAUCCCCUUUAUGUCAAAGUGAACAAGCUCUCAUCCACAAAGACACAACUUCCUUAUGAUUACUAUUUCCUGAAGUACUGUAAGCCUAAAAAGAUUAUGAACAGCGCAGAAAAUUUGGGAGAGGUUCUUCGAGGUGACCGCAUAGAGAAUUCUGUCUAUACGUUCAAAAUGAGAGAGGAAGAGUCCUGUAAAGUAGCCUGUCGAGUAAAACUUGAUGCUGGAGCUGCAAAGAACUUUAAGGAGAAAAUAAAUGAUGAAUAUCGAGUAAACAUGAUUUUGGACAACCUUCCUGUUGCAGUUCUUCGACAAAGGAGGGAUGGAACACCAGCUACAAGUUAUGAACAUGGGUACCGUGUUGGGUUCAAGGGAAACUAUGCUGGUAGUAAAGAUGAGAAACAUUUUAUCAAUAACCACCUCAGCUUCAGGGUCAUAUAUCAUGAGGAUCCUGAGACCAAUUCAGCUCGUAUUGUUGGAUUUGAGGUCACACCUAAUAGUAUUAAUCAUGAGUAUAAGGAGUGGGAUGAGAAGAACCCUCAGUUGGUAACGUGCAACCCAAACACUAAAAACAUGAUUCAAGGUGGCACUGUUCCACAGGAGGUUGAUGCAGAUAAGGAGAUUGUAUUCACCUAUGAGGUCUCUUUUAAGCCUAGCGAAGUUAAGUGGGCUUCUCGUUGGGACACCUACCUUCUCAUGAAUGAUGAUCAGAUACACUGGUUCUCCAUAAUCAACUCUUUGAUGAUUGUCCUCUUUCUUUCUGGAAUGGUGGCCAUGAUUAUGAUGAGAACUCUUUACAGAGAUAUUGCCAAUUACAAUCAGUUAGAGACCCAGGAUGAAGCACAAGAAGAAACAGGAUGGAAACUUGUUCAUGGAGAUGUUUUCAGGUCACCAAUCAAUUCUGGGCUACUCUGUGUUUAUGCUGGGACGGGAGUCCAGAUCUUUGGAAUGACACUUGUUACUAUGAUAUUUGCAUUGUUGGGUUUCCUAUCACCUUCAAACCGAGGGGGUCUGAUGACGGCUAUGGUUCUCUUGUGGGUUUUCAUGGGCUUAUUUGGAGGCUACUCCUCAGCUCGCUUGUAUAAAAUGUUCAAAGGCUCGGAGUGGAAGAAGAAUACCUUGAAAACUGCCUUUAUGUUCCCUGCAAUACUUUUCUCCAUCUUCUUUGUUCUGAAUGCUCUAAUUUGGGGGGAGCAAUCUUCAGGGGCAGUGCCCUUUGGGACUAUGUUCGCUCUUGUGUUUUUAUGGUUUGGCAUAUCAGUGCCAUUGGUUUUUGUGGGUAGUUAUUUGGGAUUCAAAAAGCCAGCAAUCGAGGAUCCAGUGAAGACAAACAAGAUUCCCAGGCAGAUACCAGAGCAGGCAUGGUACAUGAAGCCUGCCUUUUCUAUACUAAUCGGAGGCAUACUACCCUUCGGUGCUGUCUUUAUUGAACUCUUCUUCAUCUUGACAUCCAUAUGGCUGAAUCAGUUCUACUACAUCUUUGGGUUCCUCUUCAUCGUCUUUGUUAUCCUUCUCAUCACCUGUGCUGAGAUAACAAUCGUGCUUUGCUACUUCCAGCUGUGCAGUGAAGAUUAUAAUUGGUGGUGGAGGGCUUAUCUGACAUCCGGAUCCUCUGCCCUCUACCUAUUCCUCUACUCGAUAUUCUACUUCUUCACAAAAUUGGAAAUCACCAAGUUGGUUUCAGGCAUCCUGUAUUUUGGAUAUAUGUCGAUCAUUUCGUAUGCAUUUUUUGUUUUGACCGGGACAAUUGGCUUCUAUGCAUGCUUCUGGUUUGUCCGGAAAAUCUAUUCGUCUGUGAAGAUUGAUUGAUAUGAAGGUGUUGAGAGGACUGGAGCAUGAAUAAGCUCUAAAUACAAGGACUACAUGAAGUUUGGCGCUUAAGAGGACUAGGGGGAUUCUCAGUAUAUGCUGUAUAACAUACAUACCACCCUUUGAGGCCAGAAUUUUCUUCCGAUGUCUCUCCAAACGGUCAUUUUGCAGGUAGUGUCUAGGGCCUUCUUUGUAUUUUUGUUUUUAUUUUUUUUUAAUUUUAAUUUUUUUUGUUACUUCUUUUUGUUAAGAACUGUAUUAUCUAGCUUCUGAACAAGAAGCUUACACAACUAUUCUCCCGGGACUUGUUGUUGAAGGUGGUUCUUGUUUGGAUGAAUGUACAACGAACAAUGUGGAUCUCCUCUCUUUAUCCUUUAUUUUAGCCAUUCUUUUCCCUCUUAA